AGAAGAAGAAGAAGAAGAAGAAGGAAGAAGAAAAGUCAUCACAGCCAGGCUAGAGCCGGCAAAGCCAUUACGGGCCUCAGCAGCAGCAGCAGCAGCAGCAGCAGCGUACGGCCCCGUGCUCUUGUUGGGGUGCAUGGUCGUUCCCGCUCACACCAGACGUCAAAAGGCCCGCAGCAGCAGCAGCCUCGCUACAGCACAGAUUUCGCAUCGGCCCAUCCUGGAACGCUACAGACAAGACCUUUAGGGCCGGCCGUGCAUCAGCCCACCACAAGGUGCAGAUUGGCCUAGGCCGCGUUUAUCAAAGCAUCGCACGCAUCGACAUCCCAGCCCCAGGACGCGACCCCUGUCCAGCCCACGCCUGGCCGGCUCCCGCCUGCUCGCUGCGACUCGACCUCCAGAGCCAGCGCGCCCGCUGCUCGCACGCCGUCCCACUCUCGUCUCCCCCCCCAACCCAAUCACAUCCCGGCCGCCGCUCACCUUCGUUCUUCUGCUUCGUCUUCCCACCUCUUUUCUCCGCCUCCCAACAUCUUUGCUCUUCCUCCUCCUCAUCCUCCUCCUCCACCCCAAUUGCCUGUGCCCCCCCUCCCAGAUCGAGGAGUGAUUUACAGAGGGCUUCUGCACCGUUGGCGAGCAGAGAGGAAACCUUUCGCCGCCGUUGUCUCGCACUGCGUCUUAUUUCAUUUCCUAUCUUUUCGCGUUUCUCGGCCGGGCUUAACGCAGCUCGUCCCGCACACGCGUCCUGCAUCUGCUGCUCCAAGCAGGUCCCCUCGACAUCCGCCCUUCGACCUUCGUCUUCCCCGGAUCCCACCGGAUCGCGCCUGCUCUGCUCCUCUUUGUCCGUCCAAGCAUUGCUUUCGACGGUGCGUGGCCUGAGCAAUUGCUUUGCUUGUCUCUGGCCUUUGGACGCCACCUCGUCGCCCAAUCAUAGAGUCGAAGCGCACGCACACGACGACACCUUCUCGAACCGUUCGCCGGCAGUGAACCUUUCGAUCGUCUCUUUUAUAUUUCUGCCCUAUCAAACAGCGGGUCUUCGUUAUCGUCGCCCAUCCGUCGUCGAAUCACAUUCACGACGCCUGCCCUGUAUUCUCUAGAUCUCCCUUCGACUUGAACAUUCUUCUAAUGCAACGCUGCUUUUCACGUACCUAGACCCUCUUCUCCUCUACACGCUCUCGGAGAAGGAAUGCCUUACACGCCACCCACGCGGUCGCCUGCAUCUUCCAAUGCGAACAGCCCUAUCCUCAGCAGGAACCACUCGUAUGAGGGCCCGUUCGAUUCUUCUCACCGUCCCGGCCUGCCGAGAUCAAGGUCUGCCGCAUACAUCCAGAAGCACAGACGGUCGCCGUCGAUAGCGGAACAUCAGCCCGCUCCCGUCACCGCCACCAUCCACGGAUCAACUUCAGCCAUAGACCAUGGCUUGCACAUGCACUCUCCGGCUCGGGCGCAGAAUGGCAACCUCUCCUCGCGACCGCACGCGGUAGAGCAAGUGUCGGCGGAGGCUCCCACGACUUCGCCGGGUGACUCGUCUCUCACUUCUGAGGACGACGAGGAGCGCGGCCGUGGCAAGCAGAUCCAAGACCUGGCCGACUCGCUGAAAAACAUCGUCUUGGUCAAACGCACGGGCUCGCCGGAUCACGAAAAGAAAAGUGACGCUUCAGCUCUGUCGAAGACGGGAGCUGAGGCGAAUGGCACCAUCAGUCCUGCUCUGACGCCAUCCGCGCGAAAGAUCGCUCACUCUCGGUCGUCGAGUGAGAUCCAGCUGUCGAAGCUCGCCGACGUUCCGUCGCAGGCCGCUUCCUCCGACAGCGAAGAGGAUGAGUUGCACAUCAAACCUCCCAUGGUCCGCAAGAAGUCCGGCGAGCUUGUGAAGCCGGCCCUUCGCCCCCCUUCGCGACGAAGGCCGUCCAGCAUGCCUGGGACGCCGACAUUCUCCAAAGCCGUGCAUUUCAACGAAGACAUCGAGCAGGUUCGACAUUUCUUGCAGGUCGAUCGACCGUCGGCCGUCAGCGCUGGCUCAUCUCCUGUGGAGACGUACGACAGCGAGACGGAAUACCCUUUCAGUGGUGGCUACAAGUCCAGCGUGACCGAGUGGGAGAUUCGCUUGGCCAACUUUCCCAAGGACUCCCGUGAACGAGAGAUCGCUCCGGUCAGGAUCGAGCGGAUCUUCUUGGCUGCAGACCAGAAGAUGCUUGUGGGUGUCGUCGCGUGUGCUAACAUCGCGUUCGCCAAGCACGUCGUUGCUCGGUUCACAUUCGACUACUGGAAGACGACGUCCGAAGUGACGGCCGAAUUCAAUUACGACAUUCGGAAGAAGGAGUUCAACGACGGGUACGACCGGUUUAACUUCAACAUCAAACUAGCCGACCAGGCGAACCUCCAGAACAAGACGCUGUUCAUCUGCGUGAGGUACAAUGUGGCCGGUCAAGAAUACUGGGACAACAAUUGCAAUAUGAACUACCAGGUCGAUUUUGUCAAAAAGGUCGUGCCAAGAAAGGUGUCCACAUCUGCAGGUGCUGGCACGGCUGGAACCAUUCCACGUAGUCGGCACGCCCCACACUCUGCUCAACCACGCCCGCGGUCCUUCCCGUCGUCGAAUGACGACGACCUGGUGUCCUCGUUCGAGUUCGGUGCAGGUACCACGCUGCAGGAUCCUCUGAGCCGACGCUCUCGCGCACGCGGCGGUAGCAUCUACCCCACGCAGCAGAGGCGUGGCUCGCCUCAGACAGGAGGCGCGUUUGGUACCCGAUACGACUUCGGCGCUUCACUUUCUGCCGCGCUCACUCGUGCGCAGUCCCAGAUGGGCCAGUCGCACAACAGCCCCCUGGCUCGUGCAAAGUCGAGCGACGAAGUUUACAAGAUGUCCUCGCUGGCUCCGCGUACCGACGCUCCCGCUGUGCAGCCUGUUGAUGCUCCCAACCCGGCCAAGUUUUCGUCCGACCGCCCUGAGCUCGGCUCUCAGGAGUACCACGACCUGAUCCAAAAGUUCUGCUAUGUACGUCCCCUUCGAUAGGAUUGCCUCCGUCCCCAGGGAAAGCCCAAUACUAAUUCGUCGUUUCACAGUUUGGGUCGAAGACCGGUUCUCCCGGAGCAAACUCUCCAGAUGCUGCACCCAAGGCGCCUCAUGCUGUUCCGGCUGGUUCUUUCGCAACCAAAGAGCCACAGCCGCAACCAAUGAUCGACGGAACCCACUCUCUCACUGCCUCGGACUCAGACGAAAGCCCCCCCAACUCCGUAAGCUCUUCGGCGUCCAACAGUCCCCCGACUGAGCGCCUAGAGCGAAACCAGGUUGAUGGCGCCCACGACUCGAAUCGCACUUCUCGAUCGAGUACGCCGUCGUACCACAACACCACCUCUCCUCGGCUCAUUGCCCAGUAUCGUUCACCGUCACCUGCUCUGGUCGACUUGCCACAGCUGGUUUCCGCACUGUGAGAAGUCUAACUCCUCACACUGCUCAUGAAAGUGCAUCCACGCGUGCACAUGAAAUUCUGCACACGAGCGAAUGUUGUCACGACGCAUACGACCGCUUACGAGUUACUUGAAGAAUUGAGGGGGCGCUGGAAGGGCUUUCUGAGAUGAUUUGUUUUUUAUUCUGCGAGUAUGGCAGUUGACAAAACUCAAAUGUGUCGUUUUGGUGUGUGUGUAGCAUGACCAUUCAAAUCGGAGGGCUUCACUGCUUAAUCUGUUUGAACGCGCUAGUACACAUGACGAGACAUGGAGUUCUGUUGACGGCACGUACUCGGGAGAGAGGAAAAAAAAAUCAUCUUUGUGCCUUUCCUCCCAGCAUCUGAUUCUCGUCGCUCGUACGGGCUUAUCAAGUUGAUAUUUUUGAUUCAUUUUUCUUGACGCGCGAGAAGAGAUUUGGUUGAAAUGAGAAGGAACUACACAUCCGAGCAUUCUAGCAAAUGGUGGAUUAGCUAACCAAUGAGCUUCCACCGCCGCUCUUCGCUCUUCGAUUCAGACUGUUUGUAUUUGCGAAGCCAUUCCUACAUUGAGGUUUUUCAAUUUUCUUCUCCUGCUACGGGAUGGGCAAUUUGGCGUCGUCAACCCCGCUAGACAGGUCUUGUAAUUUGUUUUAUUUUUUUUUUCUCAGUCGCACCCUCCCCGCUCUUCCGCAGUCAUGGACUUCGACGAGGGAUUAUUGGGGGCAGCUACUUUCUGCUUUUUUCUAAAAGUGCUUUUAUGUUUGCUCUCUUUUUUUUUCAAGGCAACGGCGCAUUGUGGGACGGUGUUUUUUGGCGAACUUCAUCGAAACAUACAUUGGCAUGGCGUUGGAAGGAGUUUCUUGAGCGUUCUUGUGCUGGGGGGCUUUUCAUUUUUCAAAGUGAGUAGCCAUCUGCAUGUUUGUGUUUCCGCAUCUUUGCUUUCUGCUCUUGCUUUUCGCUGCGGGCCUGUCUUUACCAGUUGCACAUUUCGGGUUUCAUGGGAUUGAGGGAAUUUAAUGAUGUUUUUCUUUGCGAGCUUCUUUAUGGUGGAGGGGAGGAAAUCAAUGGGCAUUGCGGGAUAUAAGGAAACGCACCGAUUCGAAGGGUUCGGGUCGAGAAGCCUCACAUACAGCGGAAUCAAAUUGGACACAAAAAAACUUUAUCAAA